ACAGCAGAAUCUUCAAUGCGGCAGUCACGACGUAGUGUUUGUCCAGCAUUACCAUCCACAUUACGGGAGUUGGGUGAAUAUUUAGAUUUAAAUGCUAACAAGUAUCAAUGUAAUAACUCUACAUUCUACCAAGAAUGGAUAGUUGAUAAUGAUGGGAAGUAUAGUGUAAUGUUUGCGUGCCAAGAAAUUAUUAGUUCUGUAGUUCAUCAGGGUGCCACAGAACUACACGCUGAUGCUACUUUCAAAGUAGUUCCGUCAAUGCCCCAUUGUAGACAAUUAUUUAUGUUGCAUUUGAUCCUGCAAAAUCACUCUAUACCUGUAUGCUUCGUUUUAAUGGAAGUGAAGACAGAAGCUUCAUACAGGAAAGUGUUGGAAAGAUUCCGCACCAAAUUUCCCGAAGUAAGACCAUUGUCAAUUAUGAUUGACUUCGAAACUGCACUCCACAAUGUCUUUACUGAUAUAUAUCAUGAAGCAAUGAUAUAUUCUUGUUGGUUCAAUUUUGUACAGAGUUUGCAGAAAAAUAUUAAAAAGAUGGGCUACUCAAAUUAUGUACAGCAAGAGAGAGUGGCUAAAAUGUGCUUGAGGAUGUGCGCAGUAUUAGCUCUAUUGCCUCAUCAUCAAAUUGAGCAGGGAUUCCAAGAAAUUAAAAUUCAUGCCCAAAAUAAUGGUGUUUUGAUGCCAAGAUUUUUCACAUACUUUACCAGUUUUUGGCUCACUCGAAAACGUCCAGAGUGCUUUUCAGUGUAUAAUCAACCACGGCGCACCAAUAACAACAUUGAAAGUUUUCAUUCCAGUCUUAAACAGACUUUUCAAGUGACGCACCCAAAUUUGUGGAGAAUGUUGGAACAUCUGAAAAACUUAUCAAUGAAGCAGCAUAUUGUGGUGAAUCAAUUGGCAGCAGGAAUGGUUACAACACGCAACACCAAAGUUAAAUUCAUUUUAAAUAGCCUGCGUAUUAAACACUCAACAGCUCUACUUAGCACAGGAGCAAUAACCAUUAAAGAGUUUUUGAUACAGUGUUCCCUCACAAGAGAGUUGAAUUGGCAAGAUGGAAGUGAAGAUUCUGAAGAAGAGGCUGACAUUAAUGUGAUCAAUGCACCUGAUAUGUUAUUGAAUAACGGGUUUGUUGAUAAUCCAGAAAUAAUUAAUCCUGAACAAGAAAAUCCAGCAGAGAUUGAAAAUCAAGCUGUCAAUAAUAUACAGGAUCCAGAAGAAUAUAACGAGGCAGACUUUUUUGUACCUGAAGAUUUGGCCUUAGAAAUUUGGCAGGAGCAAUAUGGUGAUGAUGAAGAACAAGAAAUACCAUAUGCUCCUGUUCCUCAAAAUAUUGCAACCAUGUUUCCUCAAAGAAAUGAAGAGGAUUUAUGUGUUGUAUGUAGAAAUGGUGUAAGAACACACGCACUAAUACCAUGUGGGCAUAGAGUUCUGUGUGCCGAUUGUGUGCCAAGGUUAGAAAGAGAGAAUUGUCCACUAUGCAAUUCAAACUUUACAGGUGCCAUAAGAAUAUGGUAA